CAAUGGGUCUUGUUGGAAACUUGAUGAUGGAAAUGGAGAUCAAAUCCCCUGUUGAAGAGUUCUUUCAUGGUUGGAUAGACCAUGCAACCCUCUUCUCUAAGGCCCUCCCUGAUGGUCUCCAUAAAUCUGAAGUACAUGAAGGAGAUGGAAAAAGUCCUGGCUCCAUCAAUUCCUACAGCUAUGUCUUGAAAGGGGAUGCAGCAUUGACCACGAAAGCUAGGGUGGAAGACAUAGAUGAAGAAAACAAGUCACUCAAAUUUGAAGUAUUCGAUGGACAUAUUGGGGAGAUUUAUAGCAAGUUCAAGGCUUAUGUGCAAAUCUUUGCAAAAGAUGGCAAGAACUUUGUGAAAUUCACCUUGGAAUAUGAAAAACUAAAUGAGGAGAUCCCUGAACCGAUCAAUUAUAUGGAACUUGCAGCCAAGUUCAAUAAGGGGAUGGAUGCACACCUUGUUCAAGCUAAAUAGAAGCAAGCAUUAGUGGUACUUAUGGGACUUAAACCCUUAAUGCUUGGUUUAUUGGUCAGUGUUUUUUGCUUAUGAUUGCAAAUAAAAACCAAAUGGUUGGCAUAUUGGGUGCCUUUUCUUGUUUAUUAGAACCUGUUUUUGAAGUUUGUAUCAUGGUGGUGUUUGUUUGUUACCUCUACAUGUAUACAUGUAUGGGUUUUAUAAUGAUCUUAGUAUUAUAAUAAAUAAUAUGGAGCCUCUGCAUGUAUUUUACCA